AUGGACCCCGCAACGUCCAUGGAGGAUAAGAGACCGACGAGUGCGAGUCAUCUCGAGGAUUUCAAAAAAGCCGGCGAUGCGCACCAGGUAGCAGAGAGGGGACAGGUCGCGACUGACAUCUACGGCCACUCUCUUGUCCAGUUCGACCCCAAGGCCGAAUCGCGUCUGAGAUGGAAAAUCGAUCUCUACAUCGUGCCUACAGUGGCCCUUCUCUACCUCUUCUGCUUCAUCGACAGAGCCAACAUCGGAAAUGCGAAAAUUGCUGGCCUUGAAAAGGACCUGGGUAUGACCGGCUACGAUUACAAUGGGGUGCUCUCUGUUUUCUACGUCAGCUACAUCGUCUUUGAGAUCCCGAGUAACAUGGCCUGCAAAUGGAUGGGUCCUGGCUGGUUCAUUCCGCUAAUCUCCCUGGGCUUCGGUAUCUGCUCGCUUGGAACGGCAUUCGUGCAUUCGAGGGCCGCCAUCUCUGGAGUGCGCUUCUUGCUUGGAAUCUUCGAGGCCGGUAUGCUGCCCGGUAUUGCAUACUACAUGUCUCGCUGGUAUCGACGAAGCGAACUUGCCUUCAGGUUGAGUCUGUACAUCGUUAUGGCGCCCUUGGCUGGGGCUUUUGGUGGUUUGCUCGCUAGUGCUAUCUUGAAGCUCGAUGGCUUUGGAAGCCUGCACAAAUGGCGCAUGAUCUUUGCGAUCGAGGGCAUUAUCACGUGCGGUCUUUCGCUGAUUGCUUUCUUUACGCUCACGGAUCGCCCGGAGACGGCGCGGUGGUUGACACAGGAAGAGAAGGAUCUUGCCAAUGCAAGAGUCAAGUCGGAGCGGGUUGGCACGACGGAAGUUCUCGACAAGAUCGACAAGACGAAAACACUGCGCGGCAUUCUCAGCCCAGUCACACUGACAACGUCGUUCAUCUUCCUCCUCAACAACAUCACCGUCCAAGGCCUCGCCUUCUUUGCCCCAACCAUCGUCCAAACUAUCUACCCGAAAGACACCGUAAUCUCCCAACAAUUGCACACGGUCCCGCCCUACGUCGUCGGCGGCUUCUUCACCGUACUAUUCCCCUUCCUCUCCUGGCGCUUCGACCGCCGCUGCAUCUUCUUCAUCUUCUCCGCUCCGCUCAUCAUGAUCGGCUACAUCAUGUUUCUAGCCUCCACCGAUGCGCAGACACGCUACGGUGCCACCUUCCUCAUCGCCAGCGGCGCGUUUUCCUUCGGUGCACUCUGCAACGCGCAGGUUUCUGCGAAUGUGGUUAGUGAUACGGCGAGGGCGAGCGCGAUCGGAACGAAUGUUAUGUUGGGAAAUGUUGGGGGCCUUAUUUCGACUUGGUCAUUCUUACCGUUUGAUAAGCCGAAUUACCAUAUUGGUAACGGGUUGAAUUUGGCGACGAGUAGCUGCAUCUUGAUACUAUCGACGGGUCUAUUGUUCUGGAUGAAAUGGAGCAACAAGAAAAGGGAACAGAAGCGCGUGGAUGAGGAGUUGGCGGGGCUUACGUUGCAACAGCAGCAGGAUUUGGAUUGGAAGCAUCCGAGCUUUAGGUGGAGGCCGUAG